AUGACAAAAUUAAAAAGUCUUACUGUUAGAACUGACUCAGUACUUGGUCCAAGAAGAGAUGAACCAGUUGACAUGACUAAAAUAUUAUCUAGUCUUUCAAAUGAAAUUAAUCAAAUUUUAUUAUUGACUGAUAAAGGCACUCUGUCAUCAAGUAGAUGUCUUCAUUAUUUUCCAAAAUCAUUGGAACGAUUCAAUAAUCUUUGUCAUUUAUCACUUAAAAUGUUCAAGCUAGAUGACAAUGCCAUAAAGGAAAUAUCAAAUAGAAAAACAUUAAUGGGACUUGAAUUUGAUUGUUAUAACUUGGAACAUUUAAAUUUACAAAAUUUACAGAGUGUUCAAGAUGAUGUAUUUACUGAUAUUACUGAUAAACUCAAAAAACUUGCGUAUUUAAAUAUAUCUCGUUGUCAAAAUAUAUCUGGAAAUGUUCUUGUAAAAUUAACGAAUUUAAAAAAUUUAGAAUAUUUAGAUAUUCGUAGAAUUGAAAAUAUAAAUGAUGAUUCAUGUAAAAAUGUAACGAGUGAUGCUUUAAAUGAAUUAUCAAAAUUAGAAAAUCUUGAAACACUUUACGUUGUUGAUGUUGAUAAUGUUGGAGAUGAAAUGUUUAAGGAUAUGUAUAAAUUAAAAAUACUGAGGUGUAACUGGUGUCCAAAUGUAACUGAUGUUGGUAUCAUGAGAGUUAUUGAAAAUGCAACGAGACUUGAAACAUUAAUGCUUUGUCGAACUGGUAUAACAAGUACAACACUUGUUUGUGCUGCUGAUGUAACAAAAAAACGUAGAAAUAAUGUGUGUUUAGAAAUUAUUAUCACCAGCAAAGUGUUGAAAGAUUAUCAGUUGCUGGAACAUGAUUCAGGUCCAUUGAUAACAAUGAGAGGUCGCAACAUGUGUUGUCAUGAUUGCUAA